AUGAGUACCGAGAGAAUAAUCGUCAUAUGUGCUUCACCUGACACAGUACGAGAUAUUCUACUCGCAGCCGAAGAGCUCGGGAUGAUAUCCAGUGGUGAAUAUGUCUUCUUCAGUAUCGAACUUUUCACUAGCAAAAUUGAAAGUCAAAAGCCAUGGCAUAGACAAGGAGAUUCCAAUGAUACAAAUAAUCGAGCCAAAUACGCGUACGAAGCUCUCCUUACUGUAACAGCGAGGAUUCCAGAUACAGAUGAGUACAAGAACUUCUCGAGGGAAGUCAAACAAAUUGCCAAAACAGAUUAUGAUUAUGAUUAUGGACAAGAAGAGGUAAAUACUUUUGUCACAGCAUUUCAUGAAGCCGUAUUGCUGUAUUCAAUAGCAUUAAAUGAAACUUUAGCUGAUGGCUAUACUGCUGCCAAUGGAACACAUAUUAUCCAGAAAAUGUGGAAUCGAACUUUUGAAGGAAUUACUGGGAAAGUAACCAUUGACGAAAAUGGAGAUAGGGAUGCUGAUUACUCAAUUUUAGACAUGAAUCCAGACACUGGAAUAUUUGAGGUUGUAGCAAAUUAUAUUGGUACGGAAAAGCAAGUAGUCGACGAACCAGGAAAAAAGUUCCACUGGGCUGGAGGAAGAGACUCCCCUCCACCAGAUACUCCUCUCUGUGGCUAUGACAAAGCUAAGUGUCCAGAGAAAGAUCACGGUCAUUUUCACGUGAUGGCGGUGCUUUCUGUCUUAGUUGUAAGCCUUCUUGUUGGUUCUGGUGCAUUGUACAGGUAUUAUCGAAGAGAGGUACAACUUGCGUCAAUGUCCUGGAAGAUCAAAUGGGAAGAAGUAACAGUUUCUUUUAACUCCAAGAGGAAAAGACCUGGAUCACGAAUGAGCCUUACAAGAUUGAGUAUAACUAGCACUGUUUCAGCGGAAACCUUGCCGGUUGGGCACCGAAUAUUCACGAACACAGCAUUUUAUAAGAGUUCUAUUGUAUUUUUGAAGCCUAUCCAUAAAUCCAAAAUUGAAGUCACCCGUCCUUUACUGCUGGAAAUUAAAAUGAUCAAAGACCUCCAAAGCAGCCAUAUCGUUCGAUUCAUAGGCGCCGUGGUGGAACCUCCCAAUUGUUUCCUGGUCACAGAAUAUUGCCCUAGAGGAAGUCUACAGGAUAUUCUGGAAAACGAACAGAUUAAGCUAGAUUGGAUGUUUCGAUAUUCCCUCAUGCAUGAUCUGGUUAAGGGGAUGAUAUAUUUACAUAAUAGCGAUGUUAAAUCACAUGGUAAUUUGAAGUCUUCAAACUGCUUGGUUGACAGCAGAUUUGCUUUGAAGAUAACUGAUUUUGGUUUGCAUAUUUUGAGGGCUUUAGACGAUGAUGAAAUGGAAGACAGUUACAUGUUUUGGAAAAGAAAACUGUGGACAGCGCCGGAGCUCCUACGCAUGCCCAAUCCCCCACCUGAGGGCUCCCAGAAAGGGGAUGUCUACUCCUUUGCCAUCAUUGCCCACGAGAUUGUGAUACGAGAGGGCGUAUUUUAUACAGGGAGCGGAGAAAUUUUGACACCGAAAGAAAUCGUCGAUAACGUUAAAAACUCCCAGAAAGCGCCUUUUAGACCACUUUUAGAAAAUGCUUGUGAUGAGGAAGUAAUCCAUAUGAUAAAAAAAUGCUGGACGGAAGACCCCACGGAAAGACCAGAUUUUCAAGCCCUUAAGUCAAUCAUUCGGCGGUUAAACAAGGACAAUGACAGCGGUAACAUUUUGGAUAACUUACUGUCUCGAAUGGAGCAAUACGCCAAUAAUCUGGAAGCUCUGGUAGAAGAACGGACGGCAGAUUACUUGGAGGAAAAAAGAAAAGCUGAAGAUCUUUUAUAUCAGCUGUUGCCCAAAUCGGUUGCAAGUCAGCUCAUUAGAGGGGAAUCAGUAACAGCUGAGGCUUUCGACGGCGUGACAAUAUAUUUUAGUGAUAUUGUUGGAUUUACAGAAAUGUCUGCUGAGAGUACGCCGAUGGAGGUUGUUGAUCUACUCAAUGAUUUAUAUACAUGUUUUGACUCAAUUAUAGAAAAUUUCGACGUAUAUAAGGUAGAAACAAUAGGUGAUGCCUAUAUGGUAGUUUCGGGUUUACCCGUAAGAAAUAGUAAUCUUCACGCCCGAGAAAUAGCACGGAUGUCUUUAGCCCUCCUAAACACAGUGAAAACUUUUACAAUCAGACACAGGCCACACGAGCAAUUAAAACUUAGAAUAGGGCUUCAUACAGGACCAUGUGCGGCAGGUGUUGUAGGAUUAAAAAUGCCGAGAUACUGCCUUUUUGGCGAUACUGUCAAUACAGCAUCUAGAAUGGAAUCAACAGGCUUACCUUUAAAAAUACAUUUGAGCACGAGAACUAAAGAAGUGCUGGACACUUUUCAUACAUUCCUUUUAGAGUGCAGAGGAGAUAUAGAAAUAAAGGGAAAAGGCAAAAUGACAACAUACUGGCUUAUAGGUGAGCAAGAGAGUCCUCCUCCUCCUCCUACUCCUCCAACACACAUCUCGGACAUUCCAAAAAAAGAUUCCAUUCCAAGCGGUAAACAAAUCCACGAGACGAAAUUGUAGAUGGAAGAAAACUUUACACCUAGUCACAUGUGCACUUGAAAAAUGUAUCACUUCAUCACACGUUGCGAUGGACGCUGGACGUCCGCGUGUCACCAAUUCUUUCCAUCAAGUUUUCGACUGUGUGAAGGAAAGUUUCUUUACACUAAAAAAUACGUAUGGACAUGCUAAUUUCAUGUUGUUACUACAAAUAACAAGUGGUUCGUGGAACAGAGAAACUGGAGCUUAAAUAAGAAAGAUCUCUAAUAUUUUAAGAAAAACAAUCAAAAAAAGCUGAUUACAUUAUGAAGCAAAGUAUGUGUAAAGAUAUAAAUAUUUGAUGUGUACAGAAAAAAUAUGAAAUAUUUCACACAUAUAUGGAAUAAAAUUUCAUUUCACUU